GAGCGCUCUCUCCCAAAUCAAAAGCAUACAUACUCGUUAACCCGCUCUCUCACAAAAUCUGUGUUCUCGCCUCUCGGAUACCCCAAAACUCGUUCGCUCGUAUUUUCGCCAAGAAAGAUGGAUGGCUCAACUUCAAACUUCGACUCUGAUAUCACUCACAAUAUACACAUAAUCGAUGUUGCCACUGAUUCUCUAUCUGAAUCCUUCCAAUCCCUCAAGUCCAAAUCGCAACAAACUUCUCAAAAUCAAGUUCAACUACAAGAUGUUAAAUCCAAACUGAAGGGAGUGGAGGAUGAAUUGGUUGAAGUACUUGCAGAAAAGACUCGCAAAGAGGCUAAAAGGAUGGCUUUGAUGAAUGCUAUUGCGUCUGCGAAGGCCAGAGUUGGAAACCUAAACACAAGUAUAGAAGAAGUCCGUGCCAGGAAGCAAGAGUUUACCGAGUUUCUAUCUCAACAGUCUCUCGAUUUGGCAGCAUCUGAGGAGAAGUUAAAUGAGAGCAUUGAGCAUACAAAUGAAACACGGGAUGCCAUCUCUUGGUAUAACAGAGUACUUGGUUUUCAUGUCAAAGGGGGACGAGGGGUAAAGUUGACGUUCAAGAAUAUUAAUUUGAAGAAUCCAAACGAAGAGUACACUUUUAUCGUCUUGCAUGAUAAAAAUACUUACUCAUUGUUAAGUUGUGAACCUCACGUCAAUGGUAUUGAAGAGUUGGUCGAUGAAUUAAACAAGACAAAUGGUCUGUUUAAGUUUGUAAAAGCAAUGCGGACAAAAUUUCAACAAACAUUGGUUCAAGGGAGCUUAGUUCUAACAACAGUUGAACCUGGUGAAUCUGCCUUUAUCUCUUCAUCUGCUCCUGCUACAUCCAUUAGAGGUGAUUCUACAACCACAGAAAAUGAGCACCAAGUGGAACUCUCAGAUGGUAGUGCACAAUUAAAGAAAAAAAACAGUCGCAGAAGGAAAAGUGUGGCACUUUUAUCUCCUGUUUCUGCUUCAUCUGUUCGCAAGUCUCCACGUUUGAAGGCUAGGAAAUAAAAUGCAAAGGAUGUUUGUCUCCUCAUUUGAUAUGCGCUGAGCUCUCCAGGGUGCUCUUGCGGGCAUAACUUAAUAUUUAAGUUGCUAAGUGUUUGCUAACAAAUUGACAAAUCCCAGGGACAUAUAUGCGUUCUGGUGGCUGUGUUAUUUUGGGUUCUUACCUCCUCACUUGUCUAAAAGAACAUCGGCUUCGAACCCGCGCCCCUGCAUUUGAUGUCCUGACACAACUAUCAGAUGAACUGGCUUAACAGUACAAUUAUGCGUGAUAUAUUAAAAAUGAUUAUAUUGUUGUUAAACUAAAGAGAGGAUUAUAUUAUUGUUAAGUGUAUUGCUGCAGCUUUUUAAGUCUAUACCGCAUGUUUUACCGUGUUUUUUUCCGUCAAGAAAAGGGAAUAUAUAAUAUUUAUUAAAAUAUAAAAAAUGAAAAUAUAAUUUUGGAGAGCAAGGGCAAAAUUCAAGGAUAAAUAAAAAUGGUUGAAUAAAAUUUAUAUUUAGCUAACUCUAGUUUAUUUUUUGUAUAAGAUUAUUAUGUGCAGCAACCU